AUGGAAAAGGAUACACCCAAGACAGUUUCGGGUUCGGUUGAUGGCCAGGCAUCUUCCAAGGGCUCCACAGCCGCGGAUCAAUGCGGGAUGGCCCGAAAUGGAGAUCCUUCUGGCCAGGAUCGUCGCCAUGAAGACCUCCCACCAUCAGGGCCGAUUUUGCAGCCUGAAAAUAGAACCAAGACCCUGAGCUCCAGGGAACACCCUGCUGAUUCGGAGUUGGACCAGACCGAAGUCAUCGGCGGCCCUGAGAAGACUCAACCAGCAGAGGAGCAAAUAGUCACAGGUCUCCAACGACUAGCUAUUGCCACCUCACAGGACGCCUCAACCAAGCCACGGGCAAAUGACGAAGCACAGCUAAUGCGGGAUUCUCCUGGGAAAGAUGUGACAAAAACGGUUGAUAAAACGGUUCAUCAUCGGCGUCCUGUCGUGCAUGAACAAAUAAAACCUCAACAACAGACCAUCAUUCAACCACAACUUAUACGUUCGGUUCACUUCGAAGAGCACAAGACUUUUAUCCAACCGAUUAAAGAUCCCAAUCCGGUGGUUCUCCCCGCUCAGCAUUGGAUGAUGGAUUCAUCUACAGGGGUGCUACACAAGGUCUAG